CGCUCACUCAACCGAAUCCCUCACGCCUCAAUUCUCAAUCCUCGACGAUUUCUCUCUUAAACAUCAAAAUCUAUAAAAGACUCCUGUUUUCAAAAACCUUCCUUCUUUUACCUAAUAAUUUUGCGUUGAAUUUUCGUCAUCUUUCUGAAACCCUAGGUUUUGAUUCUGGUUAUAUUUGAUUUUCUCCGAUCGAGAUUGAAUCCCAUCUGGGUUGUCUUGGUUUUAUUGGAGAAGAGAUACCCAUAAUUUUUUUUACAAAAUUUGUUUGAUUUUUGGAAUGGUAGGGAAACGUUGCUUGGAAGGUAGCCAGCCCGUAGAUCUUUCCUAGCACCCUUCUGGCAUUAUUCCCACUCAUCAGAAAGUCUCUCUAAUAGCAAAACCCUAGAACCAAACAUCCCUAACCAGAAAUGGCAAUUGCACGAACUGGAGUUUACGUUGAUGAUUAUCUGGAGUAUGCAAGCACAUUGCCGGCUGAGCUUCAGAGACUCCUCAAUACCAUCCGGGAACUAGAUGACAGAUCCCAAUCUAUGAUUAAUCAAGCAAGGCAACAGACAAAGUAUUGUCUGGGUGUGGCAGCAAAGAAAGGGAAUGGUUAUCAUUAUGCUAAUGAAGAUGAGGAGACAAUAGAGAAAAUGCGGAAAGAAAUAGAGGCUAGCCAGGAAAAUGCUUUGAGCUUAUGUACCGAGAAGGUUUUGUUGGCACGUCAAGCUUAUGACUUGAUAGAUAGCCACAUAAAACGUCUUGAUGAGGACCUUAACAACUUCAGAGAUGAUCUAAGGCAUGAAGGAAAAAUACCACAAGAUGAGCCAGCAGUUCUUCCUCCAUUACCUAUAGUUCCUAAAUUUGAGAAACGCAAGUCCUUUUAUGGAACACCUCAAUCAAAGAGGCUGGAUUACAGGGAUUGGGAUCGGGAUAGGGAUUUUGAGCUAAUGCCUCCUCCAGGAAGCCAUAAGAAGGACUUUGCCACCCCUCUUGAUGUUGAUCAACCCAUUGAUCCAAAUGAACCUACUUACUGUGUCUGCCAUCAGGUGUCUUUUGGAGAUAUGAUUGCUUGUGACAAUGAAAAUUGUCAAGGAGGUGAAUGGUUCCACUACGCAUGUGUUGGGCUGACACCGGAGACAAGAUUCAAGGGAAAGUGGUACUGCCCAACCUGCAAGCUUCUGCCACAUUGUCAAUGAUCUUUUCUACAUGUAUUACCAGCGCUUGAGAUAUUUUGGUAUCAUUCAUCGCUGUUAUUUCACCGUCUUUUCUUUUUCAUGAGUAACAUAAAAGUGUUGUUGCAACUGAAAUUUCAUCAAUG